CCCUCACCAAAAUGGCGGGAAAAAUCUUCACAUGCCCCUCACCAAAAUGGCGGGAAAAAAAAUCUUCACACGCCCCUCACCAAAAUGGCGGAAAAACUAUUCACACGCCCCUCGCCAAAAUGGCGGAGCCAGCCCUCACGCCAUUCACCAAGAUGGCGGAACAGUCUUCACACGCCCCUCACCAAGAUGAAGUUUUUGUUUUGUUUUUUCUUGGAAAUUGUUUUUAAAGUAAAUUGAUGAUCGACGGAGAUGUAAAUGUGGCGUAAGGUUUGUAAUUAACUCGGGGGACUUAUUUUAAACCACCCAUUGCAAAUCUCGCCCUGCUGUAAAUGAUAUAUAUGUAUAUUUGUUGCCUGUUUGUUUCUGUGUUUAUUGAUUUCUAUAAACCUGCAUCUCAUGACGUGUCAGCAACGUGAACAAGUGCACGUUAACCCUGUCAAAUAAAUGCAUCCAACCCAAACAGACACCAGACAGCGCGCCUGCAUUAUAGCUGCGCACACAGGCAGGCGCUCGCAUGAAUCCGGCGGUGCGGGGCGCGUCCCGGGUACUGUGUAGAAGCGGCGCCAGCAUGGCGGCGGGGCCGCGCCUCCUCUUCCGUUUGUGCGGCGCUGCGCGCUGGCGGGAGGUUUGAAGCGCAGUCUGCGUUUCCGCCGCCGCGCUGCUCGGCUGCUCGCUGCCUUUUCAUUGACUUCAUCAAACUGAAUUCAAGCAGACGGGGCGGCGCGCCUGAGCGGUGUUUGAGGCGCCGGUGAUCGGUCGCGUUUGCGAGCGGGAGUCCGUUAAAAGGGAAUAAAAACGCGUUUCUUUAACAGCGAGCGAGAAUGAGCCCCCCAGGAAAACAGGCGGCGCGGAGUGGAGAGGAGCAGAAUUCCAGUCUUCCGGUGAGACGAAGAUCCGAGCGGAAAUCCGUGCCGGACAAGAAGCCCCGGGAGCCGCUGAGGAGUGAAGCUCCCGCUCCUCCCAAGACAUCCGUCACGGCACGGAAGAUUAUUCCCAGGAAAACCCAGGCGAGUGCUGCUCCCCCUCAGGUUCGUCGCAGCCCCAGGGGCUCUUCGCUGUCUGGAGAAGCAGACAAAGAAAACACAGUCCGACGCCCUUCCUCCUCCUCCCCCUCCUCCUCCUCCUCCCAAAACAUAAAGAAUUCAGAAAAACACUCUCCGGUCAGGAAUCGAAGAGACGCCUUGAACACCAGCAUCCGAAAAUCAUCCUGCAACAACCCCCCCUCCGAAAACACCCUGUCCCCCGUUGCCUCCUGCCCCAGCGGAGCCGGGGUACCCCCGAACGAGGACCCCCAACACCAGCCCGACCUGGUCUGGUCCAAAAAAGCCAGGCGGUCCUACAGCCGCCUGAGCGACGGCCCCCCCGCGGGCUCCCCCCUGGCUCCCCGGCCCGACAGGCUCUCCCUGUUUGGAUUCGGGGGGCUGUGCGGGGUCUCCCCUGUGAGGGGCGGGGGCUGCAGUCUGCCCGAGGGGGGCGGCGCUGGAGUCUCCAGGACGAGUCCCCCAGCCGCGGAGCGAGACUUCGACAUCCCAGGAGUGGCGCUGGUGAAGGAGAAGAGGAGGAGGAGGAAGAGAGUGGAGCAGAUCCAGAUGUCAGAGCUGGACUGUCUGGCCGCUCAGAUGAACGCAGAGUUCGAUGCUGCAGAGCAGUUUGACCUGUGUGUGGAGUGAGAGAGAAACACGACAGCGCGCACGCAGCGGGGCGCCGAGAGCCCACCAGAGGAGGAGGAGGAGGAAGGGGCUGCCUGCAGUCUAAACACAGUUCAAAACUCUCCCACUAGCCCUGCUGCUGCUGCACCCAGUCCUGGGGUUCAGAACUGAUAGAGACUUCUUCAGAAGCGAGACAGCAUUCUAAUUUUGUUCUUGUAUUGUUCUGUGUAUAUAAUGGUUCUCUCCUGCUGUGGGCCGAAGCCUCGUUAACCCUUCAGUGUCUCGUCUGGACCCAGGGUUCAUUUGUAUAAAGUGUGUACAGAGUUAUUUUUAAAUAAAUGUUUAAAAGGUA